AUGGUCACCAUGGAGGAGGAUCACUACACCACUUUUAGCCCUCCACUAUGGAGGCAGCGACGCACGUUUAUCUUGGACAUUCUACGCCAACACAAUGUGUCAUCGGUGCUUGAUUAUGGCUGUGGCGAAGGGUCAGUCCUAUCCUUCUUGAUUCCACCUACGCUCAACAUUACGCGACUCGCUGGUUUGGAUAUAUGCAUGGAUUCUCUUAAGGAAGCAGUGGAAAGGUGUCAACCAUGGCCAGCUGACUAUAGCCAACUACGCGAAUACCCAUUGACUAUUGAUGUAUAUCAAGGGUCUGUUGAUGAAUACGACAAACGACUUGCUGGUUUUGAUGCUAUCAUUUGUUCCGAAGUCAUUGAGCACCUUUAUGCACCCGUUCUUGAUCGCAUCCUCAACACGGCGCUUGGCCAGUACCAUCCAAGGAUUUUUAUCGUCACCACCCCCAACGCUGAAUACAAUGUCCAUUUUGAGCAACUGAACUAUGGUCAACCCAAUGCUGUAUUUCGUCAUGAUGAUCACAAGUUUGAAUGGACACGUCAAGAGUUUCAAACAUGGUGCAAAAAGGGAGCUCAGCAACACAACUAUGACGUAUCGUUUCAUGGCAUAGGCUUGGUGGAUGGUAAAAAGGAUGAUGUAUCUCUUGGCCACUGCACGCAAGCAUGCGUUUUUGUACGACGUGAUUCUUCGGUUGCCAUGGAUCCAAUCAACAACAAUGUACCGCAUCGGCAUGUGAAACGCAUUGAUUUUCCUUAUUACAAUGAACCUCCACUUUCCAAUCAUGAAGCACUUGAAGUGAUCGAAGGGUAUAUUGCUACCUUGUGUCAAGUGGAUGUGGAUAUCCCAUCACUACCACAACAACAACAUCCACCCGCUGUACUUGAAUGGUGUCUUGACUGGUCAGAUAUCUCUCAACCCUCCUCAUCAUCAAACGACGACGACAUACCCACCAGCAACAAAGAUAAUCCUCCUCAACAGCAACCUACACCUCCAUAUGAUCAACAAUAUACUCGUACCCCGCAGCGAUUCCCUAUUGAGAUUCUUUGGGAUAUCCUCCACAUCCGUCAAAUAUGCAAAUCCAUGGCUCGCUUAAAGGAAUUAUUGACCGAAUGCUCAUCAGCUUAUCAAAUUGACAAGGAGGAUCUCAUUGUUUGCAAGUCUUUCCCAGUAAUCCGAGAUGACAAUGUAUAUAGUACCACGAGUGAGGAUGAUAAUGAUUUGUAA